AUGGGCAGCGAUAUCUGGUCCUCGACCUCCUCGGACGAGGAGAAGUGGCUACCAAGCUUCAACAGGAUUGCCCCGGCCCCAGCACCAAUAGGCAAUGCUGAGGACAUGCAAAUCCUACUGUUGGGGCCACCUGGGUCGGGUAAAACCUCACUCCAGUCGCGCUACACUCUCCGCCAAUUCGCCAAGGUUAUGCCCGGUGGCGCUCAACUUAUGGGAGCCCACCGGCACGUACCUCUGCCAGAUGGAAGCGAAGUACAUCUCAUCAUUCAUGAGUUCCCAUCUGGUUCUGGUCACCAGACCAGCAGCAUGAUGGACCCAUACAGCCCGGACGAUAUCUCACGGCAGGACACGCUCACCUCCUCCUACUCGGCCCACCAUGCAGACGCCCAACGCAAGAAGCUGCUGGAGCAGUCUGACGCUGUGAUGCUUCUAUUCAACCCCUGGUCGAAGGAGUCGUUCGAGUGGGUCAAUGGUAGCGUCGUCGAGGACAUUAUCAACACUGGCCGUAAGAAGAAACUCACGACCGAUAUUGUCGAGAUCCUCGACGGCCUUGCCGCAGCGAUCCCUGGGAUGCCGGGGAUGCCGCGGUCCAAAUCGACACGUUCCACCAAGUCGUUUCAAAAGGAUCUCCCACGCAUGCCGAGCUCUCCGACAGGUAGCGGGGGCGACUCGUAUAUAUUCAAUGGCCUGGACGAGAAGCGGGACAGGGACAACGACCGGUUUGACUAUCAGGGAGAGUUGAAGCGCAUCAGCAUCGUUGUCGAAGGCUCUGCACUGAAGAGGGCCGAGUUCAUGAUCCACGAGAGGGAUCUGCCCUCGCCAUCUGUGCCGAGCCCCACGCCGAAGCCACUGGUGAUUUCAGGCCCUAUGUCACUCAGCGACAGGAAGUUACCAACUAUCAGGGAGGUGGAUAGCUACGCAAGUCUUAGACGUGGUGCCGCGUCGGAUAGCCACAAAGGCACGUCAACCCGCAGAGGGCGCGACAGUGCAUUCAGCUUUCGGACGACCUCCAGCGCAUACAGCCAGAGAUCAUCGACCGUCGUCGAGGAAAGACACGGUUCUGAAUUGCGCGACUCGAAUCCGUUCACCCUGGAAGACCUCGUCGACGCACACAGCGACCCGGCGCCGCUGGACCUGCCGCUUGAUUUGCCACCGGAGCGACCGCCUGAGAGGCGGCCCUCGCUGCCGACGCCGACCGAGGACCUCGAGAUCCCCGUCCUGGUAGUGGCGGCGAUGACAGACCGGCUGAAGGACAACGGCGGAAAUCUGCCCCGGAUGGUCUCCGCACAGCAGGGACAGGAGCUGGCGCGCAAGUUCGGCCCCAACUGCGCCUACAUCGAGGUCUCAGCCAAAUCCAAUGCAAAUGUCGACGAGGCAUACGGGAUCCUCGUGGAUCAGGUCAUGAACAAGCGGUCAUCGCGGAAGGACGAGCGGCCUGGCCAAAAGGAUGAAGACCUCAUCAUCAUCCAGGAAGAAGACGUGAUGGACAAGGACGAGAACGACCGAAGCCUGCCAGCCAGGGUGGUGCGGACGAAGAAACCGCGGACUAAAUCCAGGUCCUGCAUGCCGGCGUGGUGGGAUAAUAUUAUGGGGUCCAUUUUCUCUUGGGGCCCGUCGGACUCGGAGGUAUCUGCGAUUACCUUCGAGGAGAUCGGGGUCCACCCACAGGGGGAAGAGGUUAAAGAGGAUGUAUGGGGUGAGACGAUAGUGACCAAGCCAAAGAAGGCCUCGUUGUCUGCACUGCGGAAGUCUGGGGUGGACGAGGGCCGACAAUCCUCAUCGACAACUUCGACAGCCUUGGCUGAUGCACUCAAGAGGGAUAGCAUUGACAAGACAGCCCAGCUCGAGAAGAGCAAGGAGCCCAGGGCCUCAAACCGCUUCACUAUUGAUUCAGUAAAGAUGAUCACAGCCGCUGCGGUGGCAUCACCGGAGGAGGAUGAGAAGAAACACCGCCCGGAAGAAGCCCUCUUCGACAAACUCGACCGAAAACUAUCCAAGAAGAAGGACAGACCUGACAGUAUGACACUGGGACGCGGGCCCUCAACAGGUACUCAGUCAGACUCUUCUGACGAUGAAGAUCAAAAGCCACGACGGAACGAGGCCAUCUUGGACAAGGUCUCUCGCAAGAUCGGGCUUGAUCCCGGACCACUAUACCUCGGUGAAAAGCCACAUCCGCCACUCCCAUUCACAGAGGACAACCGGCCGCUGAGCGUCGACAGCUCGAUCGCGCGCACCCUCGGACGGAAUAAGUCCACCCGCGCGCUAGGUCAGAAGAAACAGAAGCCAGAUCACAGACAACUACUCUACCUGACAAACUACGCCCCCAUCUCCAUCACCAGAAGCAGAUCAAAGUCCUCUCCAAACACAAAGAAAAUCGAAGAUGACAUGGCCUCCUCCAUCAUCACUGCAGCCACGUCAACCAUCCCGCAGCGCCGCCAGCACACAAGCCUGAUCAGCGAGCUACCACCAUCUAUCCCGCCUCUCCGCUUCGACAGCAUCCACCUCAACGACCGCCGCUUCACCGUCCUGAUACGCCUGGCGGAGCAGGAGCUAGAGCAGCAGCGCCAGCGCGUGCGCAAGCUCGUCCGCGACGACGCCGCGGCCGCGGCACCCGUCACGCGCAGCUCGUCGCUCGGCCCCCACACCAGACGGGCCAGGGGCGUCGGCACCAACGUUGUCGGCGUCGCGAGGAAGCGGCUCUCCGCGCUGGGUGGUGGGCGGGUCACUCCCGAGCCCGCGCGUGGUAGGAGGAUCUCUGUCAUCAAUGUCAGCAGCAGCGGCGGGGAGAAGAAGCAGCAGCCAGAUCAGGAGAAGCAGAAACAAAAGCAGAAGCACCAAGUCGCUGUCAUACAAGUGGAUCAGGAAUCUAGGGCUAAGGCCCUGAACAACAGGAGGGUGCUUCCCAAACACCAGUCCAUGGCCAGUCCAGGGUCGCCGCCACCGCGCAGGGCUGCCACUGUCAAGGCUGCUGUGCCACCUGUUCCGGCCUCGCGGCCCAGGACGCGGCCCAACUCGGAAACAAGGCCUCAUGGUAGGCCGGUGCCGGUCUGGAUCUAA